AUGGAGCUGGGAAGGAUGUGCCUCCUGCAUGUUCAUGCAAUCUCAGCUAUAGUGCUUCUCCUGCAUAUCAGUUGUGGUGCUUGUGCUAAUGUAACGAGGUGUGUAGAGAGGGAAAGGGAAGCGCUGCUUGCUAUCAAACAAGACCUGGUGAUUAACUCCACUCGACUCUCUUCGUGGGGAGCGGAAGCUAUAAAUCAAGAUUGUUGCGCAUGGGAAGGAGUCUACUGUGACCACCUGACUGGACAUGUUGAUCAGCUUCAUCUUGGAGGGGAGGUGUUGUCUUCGCAAGGCGAACUCCUUGAUUACAUACCUUUUAAAGGUACACUUAGUCCUAAACUCAUUGAGUUGCAGCAAUUAGUAUAUAUAGACCUAAGUUCAAACAUGUUACAACCGAGCCCAAUUCCAGGUUUCAUUGGUUCUUUGUCCCAUAUGAGAUACCUUGAUCUCUCUGAAGCUGGCUUUGUCGGUGAAAUUCCAUAUCAUGAGCUUGGAAACCUUACUCACUUGCAGUAUCUCGAUCUCUCCUCUAGUGACUUCACUAAUUCCAUAGAAUUCUUCAGUUGGCUCCCUCAUCUUUCCUCUUUAAAAUACUUGGACCUCAGUUUUGUCAAUCUUAGUAAUGUUUUUGAUUGGCCGGAAACAGUAAACAAGCUCCAUAAUCUACGAAACUUGACUUUAUAUGGAUGCCAACUUCCGCCUCCAAUUAUUUCCAGUACUACUCUUUCUGACAAGAAUACUUCUCAAACUCUUGCUUUUGUUGAUCUUUCUAAAAACAGUCUCACUUCAUCAUUAUUCAAAUGGUUGUGUAACAUCAAUGCCACCCUUGCUCUUCUUAACCUCUCUCACAACAAAUUAAGUGGUUCACUUCCCGAUUGUAUCGGAAACAUGAGCUCUCUUACACAUCUCAACCUUUCCGGUAACCAACUUGAAGGAAGGAUUCCCGAUUCUUUUGCAAAGUUAUGUAGUUUGCAAGAAUUGGUUAUUUCAUCCUGUAAUCUCAGCGGACACAUUUCUAAUUUUUUUGAAUCAUCCUGUGCUCAAAAUUCCUUAGAGAUUCUGGAUUUGACCAGUAAUAACUUUACAGGGUCAUUCCCUGAUAUGACAAGAUUUCAGGCAUUACGGGAAUUAUAUCUCCGUAGAAAUAAGUUAAAUGGAACAAUCCCAGAAAGUAUUGGGAACAUGUCGAAGCUAGAGACAAUCGGUGUUAGUCACAAUGAUUUGGAAGGAGUGAUUACAGAAGCUCAUUUCUCAAAGCUCUCCAAGUUAGGGUUUUUGUAUUUGUCCUCAAACUUCCUAGUUUUAGACUUCCAUUCUGAAUGGAUUCCUCCUUUUCAAUUGGAAUCACUAGUGCUGAACUCUUGCAAGAUGGGGCCGUUAUUUCCAAAAUGGCUUCAAACACAGAAAAAUCUCCGCCAGCUUUCUCUUUCUGAUGUUGGAAUUUCUGAUACUAUUCCAAGUUGGUUUUGGGAUUUAUCACAUAAUAAGUUAGAGUUGGAUCUUUCUUGCAAUGAGAUUAAAGGAACAUUGGCAGAUUUAAGAUUCGAGUUUGCGUAUCAGCCUGAAGUUAACUUGAGUUGGAACCAACUGCAAGGUCCAAUCCCUUCAUUCCUUUCUAAAGCUUCAGCUGUGGAUCUCUCCAAUAAUAAGUUUUCAAAGUUAUAUUCCUUCUUGUGUUCAACCAACGUUAGUAACUUGAACUAUCUUGAUCUCUCAAGCAACUAUAUAUCAGGAGAACUUCCGGAUUGUUGGAAGCAUUUUGAAAAUUUAGUCUUUCUUGAUUUGAGUAACAAUACUUUUUCUGGAAAAAUUCCAUCUACGAUGGGCUCGUUAUCUUCAAUUGAAACUUUGAAACUAGACGACAACAUGUUUAUGGGAGAGCUGCCUUCAUCCUUGAAGAAUUGCACCAAGUUAAGAGCUUUUGAUCUUGAAAACAAUGAAUUAUCAGGACCUAUACUUGAAUGGUUAGGGGUUGGAGCUUCAAACCUGGCUAUCCUUAUCCUUCGAUCUAAUCACUUCAAUGGUAGCAUGCCGUCACAAUUAUGCCAUCUCACAAGCAUUCAAGUUUUGGAUUUGUCAAUGAACAACAUCUCUGGGAACAUACCCAAAUGUCUAAAUAAUUGGACUAGUUUGGCUCAAAAAGGAAAUCCAGCAUUAACCAUCAGGCAUUCAUAUAUAAGUCAAAAUGGGAGUGGUUCUAUAUUGGGAUUGUGGUACGAUGACGAAAUAUCCAUUAUAUGGAAAGGAAGAUUGUCCAACUACAAAAGUACAUUAGGGCUUCUAAAGAGUAUUGAUUUCUCGAGCAACAGGUUAACAGGGGAGAUUCCAGUCGAAAUCACUCAUCUUCUUGGGUUGAUUUCCCUAAACCUAGCAGGAAACUAUUUGACAGGUACAAUAAGUCCGGAGAUUGGCAAGCUGCAAUCUUUGCAGUCCCUUGAUUUAUCAAGAAAUCAAAUAUCCAGCUCCAUUCCACCAAGUCUUCUCAAGAUAUACGGCCUAGGGUACUUGAAUCUGUCAUACAAUAACUUGUUUGGGAAAAUUCCUAUAGGAACUCAGCUCCAAAACUAUGGUGCCUCUUCAUUUCUUGGAAAUCCUAAGCUCUGUGGAAUUCCCCUUGAAAUUUGUAAUUUGGAAGGAACCGGUCAGCCAAAUGUCUCCAGUGAUCAAGAGGAUUCAGAUAAUAAGCAGAUAACUCGAGGGUUUUACAUCAGUUUGGGACUCGGAUUUGUUGUUGGAUUCUGGGGACUCUGUGGGAGUUUGAUAUUCAAGAGGUCAUGGAGAUAUAAAUACUACAACUUCUUGAAUGCUUCACAUGAUUGGCUUUAUGUGAAGUAUAAAAUUGGAACAAGGAUCAGUGACAACAGUCACAACACUAACAGUGGAAAAGGACAUUGUCAAAUGGGUGAUUCACAAGAACAAAGCUGGAGAGGAGAUGAGAACUUAUGCUCCACUGAAAAUUGUGUGUGA